CGGAUAUCCUUGUAGAAGAAUACUAGAAGAGGAAUAAACUGAAGGAAAUAACCCAAGAAUGGGCCAUAUAUGUACUCUCUCUACCACUAGAAGCUCACACCGCAGGCGAGCACAUGUGUUCGAAACCGUUUGAUGCACGUGUGCCUCACACGAUAGACGUACAACCAUACGCAUCAGACGACCACCAAACGGGAGUGCUCACAUGCACACUCACUUAGAUAGAGUGUAGCCCGUUUUUUUGUAAGGCCAUCCCUCUCUCUGGUUUUCUACUGCAGUAGCAAAUCCUACUCUUCUUCGUCUCCUUCUUCUUGUUUGAAAUGGCGACUACGGCCAUGUAUUCAACCUCGCGUUGCAAAUUCGUCUCCAGCCACAGCAACAACGGGAAGACGAAGUUCUGUUUAUCAAGCAAUGCUUCUGAGCUUUUCGGGAAAAGAAUUGGGUUGGAUGCCAAGAGAUGCCCCAAGAAAAGCAAUGGAAGAAGAGUUGGUCGUAAUCCUCUUGUGGUUUCUGCUGUAUCCGACUCUAGCUCUUCUCAAACAUGUCUCGAACCCGAUGCUAGCCGUAGUGUUCUUGGGGUCAUUCUAGGGGGUGGAGCUGGGACGCGACUCUAUCCCCUCACCAAGAAACGAGCGAAACCUGCUGUUCCUCUGGGAGCAAAUUACCGGCUGAUUGACAUACCCGUGAGCAAUUGCUUAAAUAGUAACGUAUCGAAGAUCUAUGUCCUCACACAGUUCAAUUCUGCAUCUCUUAACCGCCACCUGUCGCGGGCAUAUGCUAGUAACAUGGGUGGAUAUAAUGAUGAAGGCUUUGUCGAAGUUCUUGCUGCUCAGCAGAGUCCAGAAAACCCGAACUGGUUCCAGGGUACAGCUGAUGCUGUCAGACAGUAUCUGUGGCUAUUGGAAGAACAUAAUGUUUUGGAGUUUCUGAUUCUUGCCGGAGACCAUUUAUAUCGCAUGGAUUAUGAGAAAUUCAUCCUAGCACACAGAGAAACCGAUGCAGAUAUAACAGUAGCUGCACUGCCAAUGGAUGAGAAACGUGCCACUGCUUUUGGUCUUAUGAAGAUUGACGACGAAGGGCGAAUUGUUGAAUUUGCAGAGAAGCCCCAAGGCGAGCAAUUGAAAGCAAUGAAGGUUGAUACUACCAUUUUAGGCCUUGAUGAUGUGAGGGCCAAGGAGAUGCCAUAUAUUGCAAGUAUGGGUAUUUAUGUUUUCAGUAAAGACGUAAUGCUAGACUUACUUCGAGAGAAGUUCCCCGGAGCAAAUGAUUUUGGAAGUGAAGUUAUUCCAGGUGCAACUGCGCUUGGAUUGAGGGUGCAAGCCUACCUGUAUGAUGGUUACUGGGAAGAUAUCGGUACGAUUGAAGCUUUCUAUCAUGCAAAUUUGGGGAUCACUAAAAAGCCAGUACCAGAUUUCAGUUUCUACGAUCGUUCUUCUCCAAUCUAUACUCAACCUCGAUAUUUGCCGCCUUCCAAGAUGCUCGAUGCUGAUGUCACAGACAGUGUCAUUGGUGAGGGUUGUGUAAUCAAGAACUGCAAGAUUCACCAUUCUGUUGUUGGCCUCCGGUCUUGCAUCUCUGAGGGUGCAAUCAUUGAAGACACUUUGCUAAUGGGAGCUGAUUAUUACGAGACGGAUGCAGACAAAAUUCUUUUACUAGCUAAAGGUAGUUUUCCGAUUGGCAUUGGGAAGAACUCCCACAUCAAGAAAGCGAUAAUUGACAAGAACGCUCGCAUUGGAGACAACGUGAAGAUAAUUAACAGCGAUAAUGUACAAGAAGCGGCUAGAGAAACAGAUGGUUACUUCAUCAAGAGCGGCAUUGUCACUGUAAUCAAGGAUGCUUUGAUCCCCAGUGGUACCAUCAUUUGAAAAUUGAAGCCAUUUGUAACCUAUACAUGCAGUAUGUGUUCUUUCUUCUUCUCCUUCCAACGGUCCGGAACCGGGAUACUGUAGUGCAGGGAUGCCCUACAAGGUCCCCGGAUCCCAUCCUUCUUAGUUCUUCCUCUCCCCACUUUUCAAAAUCUUCUCUGAUUAUUUGCAUUAGUUCCAAAGAAUGUUUGAUUGUAUUUCAUUCUGGACAGGAAAAAAUUUGUUUGUUUUCGUUUUCCUGAA